UUCCUCCAGUACCUAAGACCAGGAGUUAUUGAGGAUCACCUACUUACUGUGUGUCCAGCACUGCAUUUUGGUAAGUGGAAAAGAUUGAGAGUAAGCUGUGCUUUCUAAGGGCCAGGAGCCCUCUUCCCUCCCUCCACUGCCCUCAAGAUUCUUUCCAAUUUCACUGUCACUGGCACUAGUGGUUUUUUUGAAUGUAUAAACUGCGCCUUCAGUCUGUAGGUCUUCCAGGCAUCUGCCUUUGGCUUCAGGAGCAUAGGGCAGGAGGUCUAGCUGGGUAUAUAUUGCACAUAACCAUCUCCCCAACGUAUCUGCAUAAAGAGACCAGUCUUCUGUCCUGAAGAUGUUUAGCAGUUUAAGAUUCUCUCCUGCUCCACUAACCUCUCCAGUCUCUACCUAAUAUAAUCAUGGGCUUGAGGAAGACUAAAAGGAAGCCAAAACUCAUAAAGGAGCCCCUGGCUUGGAUUGCAGGGGCUGGUGUGGGUUUGCAAAUAGAUGAGUUUGUGAGGCCGCAGGGUGUCGCCAGAGUAAGGACGGCACAGGAGCGAGCACGGCCCCAGGAACUACAGUUCCCAGGAGGCCUUGCGCGGACACCCGGGAGUGGGGCUACUCCGGGGUGGGGCCUGUGGACUGCGACGUGUGGGGAGCUAGCGCGGGUCGGAUGGCCGGGCAGGUGAAGGACCGCGAGGCCUUCCAGAGGCUCAGCUUCCUGUACCAGGCUGCCCACUGCGUCCUCGCGCAGGACCCCGAGAACCAGGCACUGGCGAGGUUUUACUGCCACACGGAGAGGACCAUAGCGAAGCGGCUCGUAUUGCGGCGGGACCCUUCGGUGAAGAGGACCCUCUGUCGUGGCUGCUCUUCCCUCCUCAUCCCGGGCCUGACCUGCACCCAGCGCCAGAGACGCUGCAAGGCUCAGCGCUGGACUGUACAGACCUGCCUGACAUGCCAGCGCAGCCAACGGUUCCUCAAUGAUCCUAGGCAUCUGCUGUGGGGAGACCGGCCUGAGGCCCAGCUGGGGAGCCAGGCAGGUGAGAGAUCCCAAACCACCACAACCCCUGCCAAACACAGCCCACCGCAUUCCAGCCCACCUUCCUGAGGAGAAAGUGCAGCCUCAGAGUUCCAAUCGCCAGUGAUGGAUUCACCCUGUUUUCCAAAUAAAUUUUAAUUCUCUUUAA